AUGGUGAAGCGUAAGAAACAUGACAAGGAUAAGUAUUACAACCUGGCCAAACAGCAAGGUUACCGUGCCCGAUCGGCGUUUAAACUCAUCCAAUUGAACAAGAAAUAUGACUUUCUAUCGACUGCCAAAGUGUGCAUUGAUCUUUGUGCUGCACCCGGUGGUUGGUGUCAAGUAGCUGCAAAGUACAUGCCAGCAUCCAGUAUCAUCUUGGGUAUUGAUCUACUGCCAAUUCGUCCUAUUCGAGGCGUCAAGACGUUCCAGUGUGACAUUACUACAGUUCGAUGUCGUCAGAUCAUUAAACAAGAGAUGCAAAGUUGGCAGGCAGAUGUUGUCCUCUGUGAUGGAGCUCCUAAUGUCGGUGCCGAGUACUCAAAGGAUGCUUACGUGCAGAAUGAAUUGGCAUUGGUAGCUCUUAAAUUGGCAGUAGAUGUCAUGGGUCGAGGGGGUACAUUUGUAUCCAAAGUCUUUCGUUCCCAGGAUUAUAAUGCCUUGCUAUGGGUCUUUAAGCAAUUGUUCAAGAAAGUCAGUGCUACAAAACCACUGUCGUCUCGUAACGAAUCAGCAGAAAUCUUUGUAGUGUGUGAACAAUUUCUAGCACCACAAUCAAUUGAUCCAAAGCUUUUUGAUCCAAAGUACGUCUUUGAUCAAGUGGAUUCCCAAGAAAAGACCAUAACGAUCUUUCAUCCUAAAUUUGGUGACCGAAAACGCCAUCGUGAAGGAUAUGACGAGGCUCUGGGUGUGACGUUGACCAAUGAGUGCAGUGUGACACAAUUCAUUGACGACCACGAUCCUAUUCGACUACUGACCGACACCACAAGCAUCAAAUUUCUACCUGAAGAUGAUGUGUAUCGUGAACACAAGGACACAUCUGAUGAAAUUGUGACCUGUUUGAGUGACCUCAAGGUUCUUGGCAAGUCCGAUUUCAAGAUGUUGCUGAAAUGGCGUAUACGCAUGCUUAAGUACAAGGAAGAGCUUUUGAAGGCUGAAAACCCUGAAGGAAUGGAAAAAGUGGACAAACCUGAGGAAGUAAAGGAACCGGAGCGUGAACUUACUGAAAAAGAAAAAGACAUUCUUGUCCGUGAAGAGCUGUCUCAGCUGCGAGCCAAUGUGCAAGCAAAGAAGAAGCGUGAGAAAAAGAAGGAACGUGAACGGAAACAAAAACUUCGUAUCCGUGCCGCGCUUGGGAUGAAUGCAGAAGGCAUUGAUGUCACUGAAGCUGAAUCUGCUUUCAGUCUGAAGGAGCUGAAGCUUUCGAAAAGUAAGGUGGACGAGCUUGAAAACGCUGGUGCUGACUCAUCUUCUGACGAAGAGCUUCAGUUUGAGACUGAUGUCGAAGACAAUGAUGCUGGCCUCGAAGACAGUGAUGUCGAGUACGACGAACUGCUCGAAGCUUCGAUGGAGAAAGCUUACGAUGAUUUUUUGACUCGUCGUGGCGACGAUGUGAAGACUCGUAAGGCUGUGAAGCGAACAAAGGUUGCUAAACGAGCUAUGGCUGGGGAGGCCCUGGUGCAGGACAGCGAAAUGUUUGACGGCGAUAUGAAGCAGUAUCAAAAGAUGAUUAACCCCGACGAGAGUUCGGACGACGGUGAUGACGAAGAAGAUGACAUGAACGUAUCAUUAAAAGUCCCUGAAAAGUCAAGUGCUGCGGUGUCUCGCUGGUUUUCUGACAAUACAUUGUUCGACGGCAUUGGCGACAAACAAGAGUUGGUGUUGCCUGAGAUGCCAAAGACAGACAAGGAGAUUCGUCAUACCAAACGCAAGGCGGCAUUGGAACGCAAGGAACGUCGUGCGCUAAAAAAGCUGAAGAACGAGGAUAAGGAGUACGAACUGGAGUUUGGUACCGAGUUUGACGUUGCUGCACCAGAACAUGCUGAUCAUGAAGCUGCAAUGGCCGCUGACGCAGAGAGCGAUGAUGAAGUUUCUGCUGAGAAGAAGGCGCUGAUUCGUUCCGGCAUGGGUGCAGCACUGAAGGAUGAUCAGAGCUUGGCAGACAAGUUCGAGGUUGUUGCUGCUGGUGAAGAGCCCGAAGAGGAUGCAAUUCAGAUCAUGGAUGAGCGCAAGUACGACUCGGACCAUGAGGAGUACGAUGCUGAAGACCGCGCAAAGACUCUUGCCCUUGCGAGUAUGAUGGUUCAGCAGUCGAAGGCUAAGGAUCUGAUUGAUGCUAGCUACAACCGCUACACAUGGAAUGACUCGGAGGCUUUGCCCGAUUGGUUUAUUGACGAUGAGGAGAAGCAUUACCGUCCUCAGAUUCCAAUCCCAAAGAAUGUCCUGGCACAGAUGAAGGAACGCUUUAUGGAAAUGGCUACGAAGCCUGUCAAAAAGGUGGCCGAGGCUCGUGGUCGCAAGCAGCGAAUGCAAAUGAAAAAGCUGAAGGCUGCCAAGAAGAAGGCGACGGACAUUGCCAACUUGCCCGACAUGUCGACGCGCGAGAAGCUUAAGGCUAUCGAUCGUGCCAUGAAUGGUGCUCACCUGAAGAAGGAGAGCAAGGUGUACGUUGUAUCAACGCGUGGUGGAACCAAGACUGCUGGUGGCAAGAAGGCCGGUAAGGGCAAAGUAAAGCUUGUGGACCCGCGUAUGAAGAGCGACAAGCGCAAUGCUGAAAUCCGUGCGAAGCGUGGCAAGAAGCGAAAAAGAUAA